AUGCAAACAGGAUUCGCAUUCCUGGAAGCAGGCGCAGUCCGCUCAAAAAACACGACCAACAUUUUACUGAAAAACCUACUGGACACUUGUGAGUACUGUAUAGCCACGGGUCAGAGAUACAGUAUAGCAAUUAGACGUGGAAUUUCGUACAUCAUUGGUGGUUUAUCCUAUUGGCUGAUCGGGUACGGUAUUGCAUACGGCACUGGAAGUCCCUUCAUCGGUCUGAACAAAUUUGGCACCACUGGAUUGCUGCCGGAUGAGUACGCCCGCUGGUUCUUUCAAUUCGUGUUCGCAGCCACUUCAGCGACGAUUAUAUCCGGUUCGGUGGCCGAAAGAUGCUCCUUUUUUGGCUACUUCGCCUACGCAUUGGCUGCUCUGGGUGGCUUCAUCCUCUUGUUUGGGUUCCUUGCAUUCAAUGGAGCAUCUCAAGGAUCAAUUUCCUCACCAGGAGAUGGGGCAAAAGUUAGCCUUGCUGUGACCAACACCAUUCUCUCUGGAUGCUCUGCUGGUCUGGCAACCCUGCUUCUACAUAGACUGGGUAUAUUUGCUGCUAAGGGUGAAAAAACACACUGGAGUUUCUUGGUCACCUUGAAUGGAGCCCUGACUGGCAUGGUUUCAAUUUGUGCUGGCUGCAAUGUGUAUGCGACAUGGGCAGCAGUUAUUGUGGGCUGUGGAGCAGCUGUUGUCUUUUUGGCUUCCAAGAGGGCUACUGAGCUGACAACAGUUAUUGAUGAUCCACUGGAUGCUGCUGCAGUUCACCUUGGAGGUGGAGCUUGGGGUAUGAUAGCCUGUGGUCUGUUGUCGAAGGAUGGACUCAUGGCUGGAAAUCCUAAGCUUCACAGAAAGGUAUUAUGGCCUUUGUCAAUUUUAAAAUGGAGGUGUAAUUCUGUUAUAAAACAGUACCCUAUAAAUUUUAAAAGAACAAAAACAAACCAUGCCAGUCAGGGCUCCAUUCAAGAAUAUCCUGCAUGUGCACACUGGGCAUGGUCUGAAGAUGGCUGGCUCCACGUCACUGAGUUCCACGAUUUUGCUGGCAGCAGCAUCGUCCAUGUCACUGGAGGGUCAGCAGCAUUGAUUGCUUGCAUUCUUCUGGGUCCACGGAUUGGCAGAGUUGACCCGGAAACUGGGAAGCUGAAAGCAAUACGAGGUCAUUCUGUGCCUUUGGCUGCUCUGGGUGGCUUCAUCCUCUUGUUUGGAUUCCUUGCAUUCAAUGGAGCAUCUCAAGGAUCAAUUUCCUCACCAGGAGAUGGGGCAAAAGUUAGCCUUGCUGUGACCAACACCAUUCUCUCUGGAUGCUCUGCUGGUCUGGCAACCCUGCUUUUACAUAGACUGGGUAUAUUUGCUGCUAAGGGUGAAAAAACACACUGGAGUUUCUUGGUCACCUUGAAUGGAGCCCUGACUGGCAUGGUUUGUUUUUGUUCUUUUAAAGUUUAUAGGGUCCUGUUUUAUUGUAUUAUUGCAUCAUCUGUCCAGGUUUCAAUUUGUGCUGGCUGCAAUGUGUAUGCGACAUGGGCAGCAGUCCUUGUGGGCUGUGGAGCAGCUGUUGUCUUUUUGGCUGCCAAAAGGGCUACUGAGCUGACAACAGUUAUUGAUGAUCCACUGGAUGCUGCUGCAGUUCACCUUGGCGGUGGAGCUUGGGGUAUGAUAGCCUGUGGUCUGUUGUCAAAGGAUGGACUCAUGGCUGGAAAUCCUAAGAUUUUGGCAUGGAAUGCUGCUGGAACACUUGCCAUUGCAGUUUGGAGUUUUGUUCUGACUGGAUUGCUGUGUGGAAUCAUGAAGUACACUCACUUAUUGAGGAUUGGUGAAGAAGAAGAAAUUAAAGGUCUGGAUGUUGCCAAGCAUGAAGAGCCUGCCUACCCAGUGGAGUCCUGGCUUGAGGACCAAUACAUCAAGCAUGAUUCCAUACUGCCACUAGGGGGCGCUUCAAUGUUGAAAGGAGGAGUCGAUUACUCUGACCUUUUUGUUUACCUGUGGUCCUUGGAGUUAAAUAGCUGA